CUGGUUUUCUGAGAAGAGACCAUAUUUGUUCGUAGAGGAAGCCGUUGGAGUCUGGGCUACAACUGCCUUGUAAUGCAGGCACCAAAUUGUCUUGUCCUAUGAAGGAGUUCUAGGUGCUGCUGGAAACUCAGAAUCGCUGACUUUCACCACUGUCUCUGUCAGUGGGUGUCCCACUCAUGGCCUGAGUGUGAGGGUCUUCCAAAGAGAUAGACAGAAAUGGCUUUGAGUAAUGUACCCUACCGGUCCGAGGUCCUGGCCUGGGGUCCUGAUGAGCUGGCCGAUUACUUCAAGAAGCUUAACUACAAAGAUUGUGAGAAGGUAGUGAAGAAGCACCACAUAAGUGGUCCAAGGUUUCUGAACCUGUCUGAGAAUGAUGUUCAGAAAUUUCCCAAGCUCCGAGUACCAAUUUUAAGCAAGUUGAGUCAAGAAAUCAACAAGAAUGAAGAAAGAAGAAGUUUAUUUGCAAGGAAGCCCCAUCCACAAAGAUUUCCUGAAGAAAGAGAGUUUCAAGAAGAAGAUGAUGGUGGCUGGUCAUCCUUUGAAGAGGAUGAUUAUGAAAGCCCGAAUGAAGAUCAGGAUGGAGAUUAUGAGUCUCCUAGUGAGGAGGUGGAGCCUGCCCCAGAAGAUGAUGCUGAUUAUGAGCCCCCUCCCUCCAAUGAUGAGGACACCAUGCAGAACACAAUCCUUCCUGCCAAGCUUCCUACAGGCUCCAUGUACAUAGACAGACCGCCACUUGGGAAAACCCCUCAGCAGCCUCCAGUACCCCCUCAGAGACCCCUACCAGCCAUUGGUGGCCGAAGCAACACACCCCCUCAUCUUCCACAACCCAGUCACGAAGAGCCUGUUAGAGGGAGAAACCACCGAGCACCCAACUUCCCUGCACCAUCCAUAGACAGGAGUAAAAAGCCGCCAUUGGAUCGUACAUUACCUCAAUUUGAAAGAGAUUUGGGAAUAGGAAAAAAACCAGCUUUUCCUGAUAAGCCUUCAGCUCCUGCACUGAGGACUCCUGGGGAUCACUUACCUAAGAUACAAAAGCCUCCUCUGCCACCUGGAGAAAGACAUGAGAGAAAUUUUAAGAAGCCACCUGUACCAAAGCACGGAUGGGAAGCUGACAGAAGAGGCGAUGAAGAAGAUGAUGUGCACCACAGGCCACUCCCUCAUCCGGCUAUUCCCUCUUUCACUUCCAACACUUUCCCUUCAAGAUCUAUCAAGCCACCAUGCAAACUUCCCCAAUCAGGAUCUAACAGUAUGCCUGGGCCAAUCACAGCAAGUAAUUUUCCAACAAGUACAUCACUGCUGCCAUACUUGUCAAAAGGUGCUAUCAACAGACCACCCUCUAGAGGUCCAGCUGAGGGAAGACCCUUGCCAGUUCCAAUUAGGCAACGACGACCAUCUCUUGGGGAUGAUGAGAACUCAUUGAAUAAUGAAUGGUAUGUAUCAUACAUUACUCGAACAGAAGCAGAAGCUGCUCUUAGGAAAAUAAACAAGGAUGGCACUUUCCUGGUGAGAGACAGCUCUAAGAAAACAAUUACCAACCCAUAUGUACUCAUGGUGUUGUACAAAAAUAAAGUGUAUAACAUUCAGAUUCGUUACAAUGAGGAAAGUCAAGUUUACUUAUUGGGAACUGGGCUUCGAGGGAAAGAGGAUUUUUUGUCAGUGCCAGAUAUCAUUGACUACUUCAGGAAAAUGCCACUUCUGCUUAUUGAUGGAAAAAACCGAGACUCCAGAAACCAGUGCAUGUUAAUAUAUGCUGCGGGAUUUCCUUAGGAAACUAUCAAGUAAAUACCAGUCUCUUCCUCAUCUGUCAGCACAGGAAGGUGAUCUACCACCAAUCAACAAGGUUAUGGACAGAGACCUCAAACUAAGCAGAAAACGUGUGUUUUAUUGGAAAUGACAUUCUAUUCCUUUCAUUUAAAGAUGUUUUUGAAAGGAAGUUUAUUAAGGAUGAGAUCUCCAAUUAUUUAUUACUCUUCAAUGGCUGUAAAACUGCAUAAAUGAUGAUGUUCACACUUAAGUGAACUCUAAUAAUCCAAUUUAUACAGAUUAGAUAUAAGUAUCUUUGAACACCUUCUUAAUGUGUAUUUUACACAUAACUUCCAGCAAACAUUAACAUUUAAUGUUAAUUGAGAGGUCAAAAGUUUAUAUGUCACAAAUUGAUUUCUAUUACAGAUAAAACUUCUGCCAAUAAAUAGCAAUCAUUAAUAUCUGAAACUAAACUCUAUUUGUAUCAGUAAUUUCAAAAGUUUGAAAACACUGUUGUUAAAGGAUAAAAAGGUGUCUUUUCCCCCUCA